CUAUAAAAACACAUAUACACACAACGUAAAUCCCAAUCUCUAUCUCCCUAUCUCUCUAUCUCCCUAUCUCUGCUCUGCUUCUAUCGGAUCCAGAGCACAGCAAUGUCUUGCUUCUCUCACUCCCUUUUCGUCUUCUCUCUCAUUUCUCUCACCUCUAUCCAUUCCACAAUCGCCGCCGAUGCGGGUCUGGUCGGAGUGAACUACGGCAGAAUCGCCGACAACCUCCCACAACCACCCAAAGUGGUUGAGCUCCUCAAGACCCAAGGCCUCAACAGGGUUAAGGUCUACGACUCCGACUCGGCGGUUCUCACCGCCCUUGCUGGCUCCGGCAUCACCGUCACCGUCGCACUCCCCAACGAGAACCUCUCCUCCGCCGCCGCCGACCAGUCAUUCACCGACAAAUGGGUCCAAGACAACGUCGUCGCCUACCAACCCUCCACCCAAAUCGAAGCCAUUGCCGUCGGCAACGAGGUCUUCGUCGACCCGAACAACACGACCGGGUUCCUCGUACCCGCCAUGAACAAUGUCUACUCUUCACUCGUCAAGUACAAGCUCGAUUCCUCCAUUAAAGUCUCUUCCCCAAUCGCUCUCAGUGCCCUCCAAAACUCGUACCCAUCGUCGGCCGGCGCGUUCAAAUCGGAGCUGAUCGAACCCGUGAUCAAACCCAUGUUGGAAUUUCUCAAGAAAACGGGCUCGUACCUCAUGGUUAACGCUUACCCAUUCUUCGCUUACACUGCGAACGCCGACGUGAUCUCAUUAGACUAUGCUCUGUUUCGAGACACGACGGGGGUUGUAGAUUCCGGCAAUAGUCUUAAAUACUACAGUCUCUUCGACGCCCAAAUCGACGCCGUUUUCGCGGCCAUGGACGCUCUGAAAUACAGCGAUUUGAAAAUGGUGGUGUCGGAGACUGGUUGGCCGUCGAAGGGAGACGAGAACGAAGUGGGUGCGAGCGAAGUGAAUGCGGCGGCGUAUAACGGAGGCCUGGUGCGCAGAGCGCUCACCGGCGGUGGGACUCCCCUGAGACCCAACGACUCUCUCAACAUAUAUCUAUUCGCUCUCUUCAAUGAGAAUCAGAAAACCGGUCCCACAUCGGAGAAGAACUAUGGAUUGUUCUAUCCAACUGAAGAAAAGGUGUACAACAUACCGUUGACGUUGAAGGAUUUGAAUAGUGGUCAGUCAACGCCGGUAAACGGGAGCAAGAGUCAGGUGGUGGUGGCGGCGACGCCGCCGACGGCAGCGACGGGGCAGACGUGGUGCGUGGCGAAUGGGAAUGUGGGGGAGGAGAAGUUGCAGGCGGGGUUGGACUAUGCUUGUGGAGAGGGAGGAGCUGAUUGCCGUCCGAUUCAGGAAGGUUCCACGUGUUACCAUCCCGACACGACUGAGGCCCACGCUUCCUACGCGUUCAAUAGCUAUUAUCAGAAGAUGGCGCGUAAAAGUGGAUCGUGCUAUUUUGGUGGCGCAGCCUACGUAGUCACCCAACCUCCGAAGUUUGGCACUUGCGAGUUCCCUACUGGAUACUGAGUUGAUAAAGAUUGGGGGUGUUUGGAUAUAAGUUCAGAAUUCAGAUAGGGAUUUGUUGAUGUUAGUUUAUAUAUUUCUUGUAGUUACUGUUAUGUUGGACAUUUAUUCUUAAUAUUUAUAUAUAUAUAUAUAUAUAUAUAUAUAUAUAUAUAUAAUUCUAAUUUUUGUAUGGAUGGGUGGGUGUGGUUGUUCUCAGCUGUUUUUGACUAUCUUGUGUGUAAAUAUACAUCCUAUUUUUGUAUUUGUUCUUA